AUGUUUCACAAAUCCCUUGUUGUUUUUGCCCUUCUCAAAGCGGCAUCCUGUGUGCAACCUGAAGCGCCGCGUCCUAAAGCGGCUCCUCUGCGCGACCUACCGUGGGCACAGCUCAACUUCCUGCAUACUACCGAUGUGCAUGGGUGGUGGGGCGGCCAUCUCCAAGAGGCGUCUUUCUCUUCUGAUUGGGGCGACUAUGUCUCUUUUGCAAAGCACAUGCGUGAGAAAGCAGAUGCGGAUGGCUCAGACUUGCUGCUCAUCGAUACUGGAGACCGUGUUGAAGGAAACGCCAUCUACGACUCCUCAAAGCCUCGUGGAAAGUUUACCUACGAGAUCGCCAAAGAACAGAACAUCGAUCUGAUAUGCUCAGGCAACCAUGAGUUGUACAAAGCAAACACUGCUGAGGGCGAAUACUUCCACACGGUUCCCGACUUCAAAGGAAACUACUUGGCCUCCAAUCUAGACAUCUACAACCCCGAGACUGGGAAGCGGGAGCCACUCGCACCCCGCUUCAAAAGAUUCACUACUAAAAACCAAGGUAUACGCAUCCUGGCCUUCGGAUUCCUAUUCGAUUUCACGGGCAACGCAAACAACACUGUCGUUCAGAGGGUUGAGGACACAGUGCACGAGGAGUGGUUCACAGAAGCCCUUAAAAGCCAGGACAUCGACUUGAUCAUCGUCUUUGGCCAUGUUGACAUCCGUUCCGAAGAAUAUGCGCUUUUGUUCUCUACUAUACGGUCGAUGCAUUGGGAUACGCCCAUCCAGUUCUUCGGAGGUCAUAGCCACAUCCGCGACUACAAGAUCUUUGAUAACAAAGCUGUCGCUCUUGAAAGUGGGCGAUAUAUGGAGACGCUCGGCUUCAUGUCUAUUGACGGUCUCAGUACUGGCGGUACCAAAGACGCAACGCCUCUAGCUCAGAGUCCAAAGCUCACCUUCUCCCGUCGAUACAUUGACAACAAUCUUUAUUCGCUGCGUCACCACAGCGGAAAAGACGCCAAAGAGUUCGCGACCGAUCACGGUAAGAAGGUCUCCAAGGCGAUUGGUGAUGCCAGAGCGUCUCUUGGGCUGGGCAAAGUAUACGGCUGUGCUCCACAAGAUCUUUGGAUCAGCCGUCGCCCAUACCCGCACAACGAGAGUAUCUUUACCUGGAUCGAGGAGCAACUGCUGCCGCAGACUAUUGAAAAGUCUGAUGGCAUCCAGGGUGGAAAGAAGGCAUUUGUGAUUACCAACACUGGCGCUAUCCGCUUUGACAUCUUCAAGGGAGCUUUCACCAAGGACACAAAGUUCCUGGUCUCUCCGUUCACCAGUGGGAUCCGAUACAUCAAGGAUGUACCUUACAAGGCCGCUAGUCAGGUGCUCAAAUUACUAAACAAUGAGGGUCCCAUUAUGUUGGCCAUGAUGGAGAGCAAUGCAUUCCUGCAGCCACCAGAGGUUUCGGCAGCGCGGUCUCGACCACAUCUGCUUACAUCUGACUUCGCCUUCGCUAAACUCCCCGAAGGCCAGGCACCUCUCCAUGGCAUCGAUGGGCCACAACCGUUCCCAGGUUACACCACCAAGGACGAUGCUGGGGCAGACGGCGAUGAUACGAUCCACGAGCCCAUCGCUUUCUACAAUGUUCCGAACUGUAUUCAGUCAGCUGUCGGUUUCGACCAAUCAGAGACAGACGUGGAGCCAGAGACCAUUGAUCUCAUGUAUAAUCAGUUUAUUGAGAAAUGGAUAUUGCUGGCGCUCGAGUACCUGGGGGCAAAAAGAGGGCUGGAGGAUACUGAGGCGUUUGACAACGAGAAGAGCUUUACAGAUAUUAUGACCGAGUGGGUGGAGGAGCACUGGGGCAGUGAGGGUAAGAAGUGUGAGGAAUGA